UCGUCACUGGAAUGAAAAACGUUUUCGAAGAUAUUUUGCUGCCAUGGACCACUGCGUCGCUAUGGACGCGUUUGGUGCCUUGGCUGCUAGGGCUAGAGGAAGGCGGACGUGACGUCACGCUGAGGGCAUGAAGGAGGGACAUAAAACAUUGCAAGCAGGAACGACGGGCUAUAGCUGUGCUGUCAAGUAGAAGUCGUGUCACAGCAUUUUAUUUUAAAAUUGAAAAAAAAAAAAACCCGAGACCUCAGUAGGCACCGAUUCUUCUGUAUGUUCGCAAUUCAUAAUUUGUAUUCAUGUGUUUUUGUUAUUUUUUUUUAAACUGUAUUAUAUACCGGUAGAACUGCUCAUAUCACAAAGUAUCAUGAGCCCGUUACAACACACUGUAAACAACAAGCGAUCUUGUGCUACAUGCGUCUACAAUCUGCUGUUUUUAAUUGUCCUGAACGCUGUCUAUUGUUACAAACCUAUAAUCAUAGUGCACGGGUUAUUCGACAGUUCCAGCGAAUUUAAAACCCUGCUUGGCUACAUCAACGAGACUCACCCCGGCACCAAUGUCACGGUCAUCGACCUCUUCGAUCACAGCGAGAGCCUGCAGCCUAUGUGGAAACAGGUGGAGGGCUUCAAGGAUGCCAUCUAUCCCAUCAUGCAAAACGCAGCUAAAGGGGUGCAUCUCAUCUGCUACUCACAGGGUGGGCUGGUGUGUCGCGGGAUUCUCUCCACUCUUCCCGAUCACAAUGUGGACACCUUCAUCUCCCUGUCCUCUCCGCAGGCUGGUCAGUAUGGAGACACUGAUUAUCUGAAGUGGGUGUUCCCCACCUUGGUCAAGACCAAUCUGUUUCGCUUCUGUUACACUCGCGUGGGGCAGGGCUUGUCCAUCUGCAACUACUGGAACGAUCCUCACCACCAGGACAUGUACUUCAAUAGCAGCGAUUUCCUGGCCAUUUUAAACAGUGAACGAGAGAACCCCGAUGCUACAGUCUGGAAGAACAAUUUCUUGCGAAUCAAGAAGCUAGUUUUAAUUGGAGGGCCAGACGAUGGUGUCAUCACACCUUGGCAGUCCAGCCACUUUGCAUUCUACAAUGAGAACGAGACUGUUCUGGAGAUGAGAGAACAGACGGUUUACCUGAAGGACACGUUUGGUCUGAAGACCCUGGAUGCCAGAGGAGACCUGGUUGUGUAUGAGAUGAGCGGCGUGCAGCACAUCAAGUGGCACUCGAACCAGACCGUCUACACAGAGUGCAUCGCCAAGUGGCUCACAUAAACCGCAGCCAGCCGCAGAUCACACCGCCUCCUGCUUCCUUAUUCUCCCCUUUGCACGUUUGCAACCCUUUUUAAUGGUUCCUGUUGCAGUUUCUCAAAUACUGAGUUUAUUAAGUGUGUCAAGGUGGCUUGGAGCUCAGGAGCUGCUCUUCAGUUCCAGUUGCCUGCUAUUGUAAUGUAAGCCAGAUCCACAAAAGUGUCCUUUUUAUAUGAGUAUGCACCAUAGUGCACGGCUGUGUAUUGACAAAAUUAAAACAGGAUAUCCAAACUAUUAACACUUAAUAGUGCUAUGUUUUAGAAUGUACUAAAAAAGACUUCUAGUCAGAGUGUUUGUUAUUGAUCUAGCCCGUGUUGCAUAAAUAUACGCCAGGCAGCUUGCAUUGAAGAGUAAUUCCUGAGAUCGGGUUAAAGCACCUUAACACAGUCUUGCCAAAAAAAGAAAUCAAGUCUUUGAGUAACUGCACUGUUGCAAUGAGAAGCACCCAAAGAUUGCAAACAUCCUAAAAUGAAAAGGGAGCGGUUCAGAAAUUUCAAAAGGGAAACGUGUAAUUUGAACUUGCAUUUUAUAAUAAUAAUAAGAAUAAUAAUAAUAAUAAUGUUUUUGAUACCACAGGAGCCAAAACAAUAAGAAAUCAUGAAUCAUAAGUUGUUUUUUUUUGCGGAUUUAUUUAUUUUUUUUAGAUUUUUAGACGUCUGUCAUAUUUCUGCGUUCAGUUUUUAACCAUCAGGUUUUAAACCAAGGGACAGUGUUGUAAAGAGGUGUGAUAUUCUGCAGUUCUAGUUGUUAACGCUACGUGACGGAAAUACUGAGUUUAGUGAAUGAAGUGGUGUAUAGCACAUGUACUGUCAGCAUGGCCUUGUGCCUUCAUGAGUGUAACAAAUUUGUGAAGAAACUUGGUUAGGACAUUCUUUAACCCAAGUUAUUGUGCUAAAGAAUGUCAGAACUGCAUGUGUGUUGUUGGAGGAGGGGGGAGGGGAGAGGGGUUUGGCUAGCUAACAUAUUUUUAUAUACAUCUAGAUGAAACUUGAUUUGGGCAUUCUGUAGCCCAGGUUACUGACUGUCACAAUUUAAAUUGGCUGUAUGGUGGUUUGUCACUUACAUCUUUCUGUAUAUCUGGAGAAUCAUUCAUCCCAGUGGGGACGAAAGUUGCUUUUAAUGGCACUAGUUGAAACAUUUUGUGCUAUUUAUUUUUAUUUUUUUAAAACGGUUCUAUUGAGGGGAUAGCUGUACAUACUCUAUAUUAUAGAGGAUGACCCCCCCCUCCACACACACACACUCCAUCACCACCGCCACAGGCACUAUUGGUUUAUCCCUAAAUAUAAGACACCAUAGCUACAGAGAGACAGAUAGAAGUAUAUGUCAAAAUAGAAACGAUUAAAAAAAAACAAAAAAACAAUGCUGGACCCAUGUUGGGGAGAAGUGUGCUUUCUGUUUACUAUUUUAAACGGAACCAGUAAGUGAAUUGUAACGUUCAUUUUUAGAAGGAACUUGUAUAGUAGUUUUUAGUGUUAAAGGACAUGUUGGGUGUCUAUGAGGCUUUCCGGCGCUAAUGAAAACAUGCAAACAUUAAUUAUGUACAUUUGAAUUGCAUCGUAAUGUAAUUGCAAGAACGCUGUCAAAUUAUCUUGGAUGAGAAGAAACCACUCGGUUGAAUCGGAUAUAUUUCUAUUUAUUUUGUUGUGCAAUGAAUAUGUUACUGUUGCAUGUCUGGAGAAUGUCACGCAGCACAGGAAUGGAUGUGGGUAACGGGUGCAAAGAUUUGUAAUACAUCCAAACCUUGUCUUUCAAUGAUUAUGCGUUUUGUUUACCUUUGUGAGAUUCUGGCAAUAAUGUGGAUUACAUUUUGUACACGUGAACAUUUUAACUUAAGGUGCAUUUUAAAAUAAAAUGUAUUAAAAACAAACAAAAAAAUCUGUCAACAGAAUGUAUAUUUUAAUUUUAUUAAAUGUUUUUUGUGCGGCUUAAUUGUGUCCAUUGUUUUAUGUACUUUAAAUAUAUUUGGACAACGGUUAACAUACAGUAAUUCAAUGUAUUUCCACGUUGCAGGUGUUCUUACCUUUAAAACUACAAUUCCCACCAUUCUUUGCACCCCUGUCGUGCGCACAGACGAUCAUCACCUAGCAACAACUACAACCUCCAAUUUGUUUCCCAGAAACAGUCGCGGUUGGCAUCUUCUCUCUUACCGCCGCUCGUUUCCAGUGCGAAAAGGCGUUGUUCUAAAGAGAAAGAUUAGGAGACAGUGUCAUGCUGCAUCCAUGCCUGCUCUUGUUGCCUCUGCUGCUGAUGGUAUUGGGAGGUGUUUUGCUCCCUAGGGGGGUCAUGGGUACGGAGGUGGGGGUCGGCCCCCCAGGCAGAUACGGGACCCCGGGACUGUCCGGGCUAACGGUCCUCAUCCCGC